CACGGGGACCGCCGCCGCCAACGCCGCCACCGCCGCGAACUUUCGCAGUACCACCGACGGAGCCGCGCGCACGCACGCACACGGCGCUACACCGCCGCCACCGUCGCAGAUCCGUGCGCCACACAGCCGCGCUCACAUCGCGUCGUUUUUUUUUUUUCGUACACAGCCACCGCUGCUGUCUCGCAUAGGAAUUGAAAAUAUCAAAUUUUCGCGGGCCAAACGGUGAGUCGUUGCGGGGCGCCAGUUUUCGGAGCUCACAGUUCGGUCUCGUCGCGUGUUCGUUCCGUUGCCUCCGCGAGAGCCGACUAACCGCAUAUUAUUGUUGUUGUUGUUGUCAUUAUUAUUAUUAUUAUUGCUAUAAGUAUAAUUUUGUGCUUAUCGACCGUACAUAACUAUUAAUUAUAUCGGUCGUGGACGCGGGUCCUCGAACACUGUCCGUCGGACUGCAGCGAGGAGAGUCCGCGGGCCCGCGUCCGGCGGCGUGCGUGCUCGCUUCGGCCCCGAACGCUAGCGAGCGAGGGCGCGCGCGCAUAUAUCGCCGCCGACGUCGCACGCAGUAAACGCGCGCGCGCGCCCCCCGUCCCCCUCUACGACACACUGCACUUAGCAAACCACCCACGACCACCCCCGGCACCCCUGCGCCGCGCGUACGUGUGUCGGCGGCGCCAAACACGGUAUAUAAUACGAGGCACGCGUAACAAGUAUAAAUGGUAAACAAUGGCCGGCGACCAGUCCGGGCGCAGGUAAACGCAUCCGCCGCGACCCGACGAAUAGACGUGGACGACAUCAUCGCUGCCGCGGCUGCCGCCGACGUCGCAAGGAUUAAAUGAGAAAAUGUUUUUUCGGCCAGUGACGGUCGUUCGUCGUGCACGGUGAACGAAACUGCGGCGAUAUGAGUUGCGAGAUAACGGCCGUGGACGAUCUUCGGACGGACCCUCCGACGCGGAAGUGCAGCACGAGCAGCACAAACAGCACGAGCAGUACGAACAGCACGAGCAGCGCCGGGAGCUUGGCCACGUCGGACGGGGAAAUGGACGCGGGCGCGGUGGCCAUCCCUUCGUCGGCCGUCGUGGUCUACGUCACCGACGACACCAUUGCGGCCGUGAGUGUGGUCGGCUGUCGCGGGGAUCGUACUCUCGCGUCCGUGACCAACGUGGACGCGCCCAGUUCAGACAUCCACACAGACCGCGACGAAUUUUCGUCGGACGACAGCUGCAACGGACCUGACUCGCCCACCGGGCUGAAGAGGGUCGGUUCCGUGUACGACUUCGGGCUGGACGGGGCCGACAGCCCGCCGCCGUGUGCCAACCACCCGUUCGCCGGGGGACCGGACGCCGAUCUGACCAAGGUGGCGCGCAAGCAGUUGCGCAUGAUUCGCGAGGUGGACGUGGCCGUGUGCCACCUAAAUCACACCAACACGAUUAUCAGCAAGAUACUCAGCUCCAAGUAUCUGAGACGGUGGGAGAACCAUCAGAUCCGCUUGCAGGACGAUUGCAUAACUUCCAACACGCCAAGUGGAUUUCUUAGUAAGACUAUUGGAUACGAAGCUAUUAAAGAUUUAUAUCCAGUAAAAAGAUGGGACUCAAAUUUCAAAUACUGUCUUCGUGUAGUGGUCACUAAUGGUUCUUAUUUAUUACAGACUACCAAUCAGUAUUUGAGAGAUCAAAUUCUUUAUUCAAUCUUAUGGAAGAAAAACGUGCAGGAAACCCAAACACUUUUGAAAAGUCAAUCUGAUCCAGAUGAUAUGUUAAAAGAAUUGCAGAAUAUAGUGGAUUUUGCCAAAAACAUUCCAUUGGUCGAUGAUGAAAUAUUUCAUAUGCCAACUUUUAUUGCGAGUACGCUAAUGACAAGAGACCAGGAAAAAUAUUGCAAACAAUCAUGGGAAAAGGCACUAAUCGGUACGUUGCGCCCGUUGAUUGAAGACUGUCCCCCGUCCGCCGAAAUGUGUUCGUUUUUAUCGCAUCAUUGCAAAGACCAAAGUAGCCUACCUAUCAUUAAAGAUUCCUUAGUUUACACCAUAACAAGAAUACUCAAACAUAAUUUUGACUUUGCGAGAACCCUGACAGCUCGCACAUUAGUACAAGAUUAUAUCAAGGCUCUUUACAUCCAGGACCAAAGUGGCGAAUCAAUUAGAUAUUUUUUAUCGAGAGUUCACAGUGCCAGCGCUGUGUGCCCUCAUAACAGGGUACUGCCGAACAUGGUGUCCACCUGUAUUACUGCCAUAUACUCCGCAUCAGAGGAGUUGCCGGCUAACUGUUCGGAAGCCGAAUUCGAUUGCUAUUACACCAAUCACCUGAGAUGCUACAUUGUUGUUCUUCAAAACAUAUCAGAAUACAGCGACUGGCUGUACGGACUUGCUCAACUGUUGCGUCCGCUGCCGUUUCCCGCAUUGCUGUUAAUUCGUUCAAUUUUUAUGGAGGACAUUUCCUCUGUGAUAUUAAAAAUAGGACUGCAUGAAGAUUGUGAAAUUCAUAAGCAAGUAUUAGCUGUCCGUGAGACAAAAGAUGGCUGGUUCGAUUUAUGUUCACCGAUCGAAGCCGUGUUCUACGAAAGUUCAAUUGUCUGGACUCAAUUGCUUAAAACGUUAAUGGAUUGUGAGCGCUGCAAAAAAAAGAAACUGUUGAAAAACUUAAAAGCCAAGCAUUUGGGGACGUGCGUUUCGGAAGCGUUAAAAAAUAAUAAAAUCGUGAUGGAUGUUCUGUGCUUAAUGCUUGAGUGGAUGGUCGUGGAAGACUUACAUCAAAGAAAUCAGAUUGUCGAUACACUCAAGUCUACAGAAUUUGGCAAAAAUGUAUACGACGAGUUUAUGUCAAGGCAGAAUCAACUACUUGAAUUGCAACGAAAAGGAGGUCCACAGAAUUUAUCAUUACCGGCUCGAGGCACUGACUUGGAUCUGAAUUCCAUGUUUGAUUGUGGCCCUUUCGGUAAUUUAGAGUCUGUCGACUUGGCUUUUACCAAUGUAACAGAUACUUGUGCCAAGACGUUGAUUAAGUUACCAUCUUUAAAAGUUCUCAAUUUGUGGGGUACUCAGUUUGGUGAUUCCGGACUACUAAUCAUAUCGGAUCAUCUGACCAACUUGCAAGUUUUGAACUUGUGUGAGACUAAAGUUACUGACAGGGGAAUCGUAUCGUUAAUAAGUCUUAUCAAUUUGAAAAAACUCAAUUUGAAUAGCACUAAAGCGACGGUCCGAUCGGUGGACGUAUUGAAAAAAAAACUACCGGGCUUACACGAAGUAGACGUCAGAUACUCAUUUGCCUGGUAAAAGGUAUUUUUUUGUUAUAUUAUAUUAUAAUGUGUUUAAAAUAAAAUGGUUCUUAUUAUUUUUUAUUUUUGUUGACAAUCUGCCUGAUAAACACAUUUACACGCAACUAUAAUAAUAUAUAAUAACAAAACUACAUUAAUAUAUUUAAUAUUAUUAUAUAACUGUUUUACUCUUCGAGUAUAAAAAGACUGUGGCCCUGUUUUUUUUUAUUUUUUUUUUUUUAUAUGUAUAAAUAUAUAUACAUUAUUAUACUUUUACCUUUGUUUAUAAUAAUAUUAUAAAAUAAGUAAACUUUAAGGCGAUGUAUAAUAAUCGUUUAUUUAAUAUUUUGUUAAAAAGAAUUAAGUAAGUAAUGCUUAAGUGACAUCGCAUUUGAGAGACGAUACCACAACGUUAUAUUAUCUAUAGUCGUGCCUUUUUUCAUUAAAUUGCUAAUUAUAUAGCGUAUAAGUAUAUAAUAUUAUUAUAUUACUCGUAUUAAAUUUUACUUAUAGAAACGCUCAAAAAAUUUCAAUUUCCAUUACGAUUUUAUUCUAUUCUUAGAUAGUCGAAUAUUGUGUUACAACAUUUGUUUAUAAUUUUUUGUUUAUUACAAUUUUUUAUCGUACAAUAUUCGUAUACAUGUGUAAUGAGUAAUGACGAAUUUCGACGAACAAAACACUUUCACGGCGGGUUGUUUGUAUUUAGAUUCUGUUUUUUACGUACCAUAAGUAUUAUAUUGAAACUAAUAUACACGGAAUAUUAAUUAUGUGUAUGUUAAAAUAAUACGAAAUUUUUACACUAAAGGGUACGAACUGUGAGGGUAAAGAAUAACUAAAACGAUUACACCAGGUAAAUUUAUUAUUACCUGUGUCAUAAAAUGUAAGUACUUAGCUAAAAUAUUAUAAAUUAACUACAGUAUAAUAUAUAUAUAAUAUUAUAAUCAUUAUUAUUAUUAUUAUUAUUAUUAUUAUUUAUUAUUAUUAUUAUUAUUAUAGCUAUUAUCCUUGAUUUUUUUUUUAUUAUUAUUAUUAUUAUUAUUAUUAUCAUUGUUAUUAUUAUAAUAAAUUAUUAUUGUCUGCUGUAUUGAAGCAUAAAAUAUUUAUUAUAAUUCGUAGACUCACGUACAUUAUUAUGUUGAAAUAACUUGUAUCAUGUAAAAUCUACGAUUAAUCUCUAUAGUGCUAAACUAAUUAGUACAUAUCGCUAUGUUGUUUUUCUUCUUAAAUGUAUACUUUUUUUGUAUCAUCCACGACGUAUAGAAUAUAAGUGUAAACAUUCAAAAUUAAUUUAUAUAAAUCUAAUAUCAAUAUAAAAAAAACAUCUACAUGA